ACAUAUUGUCAAAUGAUCGUUUUAAGUUAAAGACUGUGAUUCAAAAGAAAAAGAAUAAAUUUCUAGAUAAAUGAAAUUCGAUUGUACUACAAUGGACGUCUUUUGUAACAUUCUUUUUAUUUUUCAACAUAUUUUUUUUAUUGCCAACGCGAAAAAUAUCGAUCAAAUCGGAAUAUUUAAUUUUAUUUCACCUGGAAUUUUACCAGAUAGAACAAAUCGAAUCGAAGAUAUAUAUUUACGUUUUUAUAAUGGAAACUUAUUCGAAGAAUAUGUGGACAUACCGCUUAGCCAAGCAAGUCGACUGCUUGAGGUUAAAGGCUUCGAAAACAGUAAUCCCACCGUCCUUUACAUACAUGGCUUUAUAGAAACCGCACAGCAAGAAAGUGUACAGGUCAUGGUGAAUGCGUACUUAGAAUCGAGACCGGCAACAAAUAUUAUAUUACUAGACUGGUCCAAUAUGGCUCAUGGCUCUUAUUUAGUUAACGCCGCAAGAAAUACUAAAAAGGUCGGUGUUGCUUCCGCAGAACAUAUAAAUACUCUAAUAGAAUCAGGUCUACAAAUUGAUAAAAUGCAGAUUAUUGGACAUUCACUUGGAAGUCACGUAGCUGGUUACUUAGCGAGAGAACUCAAAAAUAAAUAUAACAAAACUAUCAAAAGGGUAACAGCACUUGACCCAGCGUUUCCCGCUUUUUAUCCAGACGGUGUAGUAAUGGAUCAUGUCACAGAUAAGGACGCAGAAUUUGUGGAUGUGAUACAUACUGAUGCUGGAGGCUACGGUGCACCUGUCCGCACUGGCACAGCAGACUUUUGGCCGAACGGUGGAAAGAGUAUCCAGCCAGGAUGCCCACGAUUCGCCCCAAUGCCCUUGUCUGACGAUAGUAAGCAUAAAAUAUAUCUUUGCAGCCAUUGGCGGUCGUGGAAAUUCUACGCUGAGUCUGUGCGGAACCCAGAAGCAUUUCCAGCAUCACCAGCUGAUUCGUAUCAUAAAUUUAGAGAAAAUCCCACACCAGAAGUUGGAAUGGUGUACAUGGGAGCGGAUUGUGAUACGAGUGCUCAAGGAUCGUAUUAUUUAACAACAAAUGGCGAAUCUCCGUUUGGUAAGGGUAUGGACGGUAUUUAUACAAAAAAUAAAAAUAACAAGGGAAAAAAAUGAUAAAAGUAAUAUAUUAUAAAAAAACAAGGUGAUUCUACUUAAAUAAAAAAUGUCUUCAUAUUUCAAAAAGGACCAAAUGCUUAAAAGAAAAUUACUAUAGUAAUGAAAAAUGACAUAAUUUAGGUGUAUCGUUGGUUUGAAAAAUAUUGGUCCUGUUAAACAGGAGUAUAAUAAUAGAUAUUAUUAAAUGUACCUGCACAACUAGAUGAUAAGAACAUUAUACAAUUUCUAUUUAAUAUAUUAAUUGACUCAUGAUAAUACUUUAAAUGAAAUCACAAUACUAAGCUUUAUUGAUUUUUGUGAAUAAAUAUGUCUUCUAAAUAUGUUAAAUAUAUAUAUUUAUUUGAUCUUUGGUGUAUUACUUUAAUUGUAUUAAAAAACAAAAAAAAAUGACAACUAAUAUGUAUACUAUUUAUUCCAAAAAUAGAAAUAAAUAUAAACAAACAAUUUGCAAAGUUCAUAAUGAAUACCAUCGAUUAUUUUAGAUCUCGACCAAUGGUGUCUUGUAAUUCAAAUUUGUUUAUUUAUCUUUACUUCUCCAUUGGAGUCGACUAUAGUUAUAUAUAUUUAUCAUUACACAUAUUGUAUACUUGGUAAAACCCAGACGUAUUAUAUAAUUUUAUCACAAUUCGUACUUUAAAUUUCGGAAGAGAUUGAAUAUACUAUAUUUACUGUGAUUUAAGUUAUGAAAUGUAUUGUUUUAUCAUCAGCAUAAAAACGGCACCUUGUUAUAGAACCGAAAUCGUGAAAAUAUGGACUUGACAAUAUACUUUUAAAUGUA